UGAGCCCUUGGCUAACGACAGGUGAGUGCGAGGGUGGACCAGACCAGACCAGGCCUGGCUCCACUUGACCAGCUUUAAAUGGAUCUGGAAGUUAAAGGCAAAGGCACAACAUCAAGGCACUCGACACGUCAGAAGUCUGCACAGGGUUGGAGGAUACAUUCAAGUGAUGCAUAUGGCCCUCGUCCUGAUGAUGUCCCCGCAUUAGACUUGAGGAGACUUGGUGAUUCAGAUGGUGAGAAUGAUUUAUCUUAUACACCUGUGAUGAAAGAACAUCCUCGCUUAGCGUCUCCGGAUUCUACCUCGACAGUUAGCUGGGGUACACCCUUUCCAGCUCUGUUUCCCCAUCGCCGCACCUACCGUGAGCCAUGUCCAGUAGAAGAGAUGACCAUACCCGAGAACCUGCCUGCACCUUCAGAGAGUUACAAGUUGAAAUAUCAACAGUACGAGGAGGAAAUGAAGAUGAAUUACAAGGAACACAGCCAACAAAAAAUCCAGAGGAGCAAAUCAAACUCUUCAGGUCAACAGCCAACACCAGCUAUUCUCCAGAUGCAGGAAUCUCCAGCUGACCAUGUGGGUCCCGACAGCCUGACUUCUCUUGAUGAGAAAGCAACUCUACAGCAAUGUUACACCAGCAAGCCAUUCUUCAUGGAGCAAAAUAUGAAGAGGUUGGAAGCAGAGGAUCUUGCUGCAGAGAAGAAAAAGCAGGCAGUAGUAGAACAAGUGUUGGUGGAUCAGCUUUCCAGGGCAGUUAUCAGUGAUCCUGGACAAGAUGUAGGCACCACAGAUCUGAGACAGCAGCAAACUAUUCUUCCUGGUCUUGGCUCUGCACCCCUGCGCUUCAAAAGUAGAAAAUUACAUCAAACCAGGGUAAAAACAAGUUCAACAUUGACGGAAAAUGUGCUGUCAAACAAGCUGCGCUUCGAUGCCCGGAUCAUUUCAAGGAAUGGGCGGGAUGCGUGCAGAGAACUAAUUGGUUUCUUCUUUGCAUUUGAUAAGUCUCUUACAGUGUACGAACAUCGUCAGUUUGGGAAAAACAGGACAAAAGCUCUACCAUUCAUUCAAAGGGGCAUUUACUGUCAUCAGUGUGGUAGGCGAAAGGGAAGACAGUAUGAUGUUGGCGAUUUCUAUGUGGGUACAAAUCUAACCUUCCUGACUUCACAGCAUGUUAGUCUCCCAGCAAGUAUCCAAGAGAAACGGUUAUUAAUCUUACGGAUCAUUGAGAUUGAUGAAAUUGCAAAGAUUUCAUUGCUGACUGGCAGCAAUCCAGCUUUCACUCAACAAGAGAUUGAUGACAGAAAUACCAUUUUAUCUGUGCAAGGACUGAUGAAAGAAAAACUUGUGAAGAGAGGGGUUCGCACUAUGACUGGUUUGGUGAAAUUUUUUCACCAGCAUGAUCAGUGUGGAGGUGGUGUGCUGUCGAAAAUGGAAAUAAAACAGGGUCUGACGGAGUUCCACUUGGAGCUAGCUGACAAGGACUUUGAGUCUGUAUGGGUUCUACUGGACCAGGGUGGUGAUGGUGAAAUAGACUAUUACCAGUUUAUUCAAGUCAUCAUUGGAGAAAUGAACGAGUUUCGUAAAGCAUUCGUUAGGAAGGCCUAUAUGAAGCUUGAUCCAAAUAAAACAGGCAGUGUUUCUGUGAACGACAUUAGCAAGUUCUACAAUGGAAGGAAACACCCGAAAGUCUUAUUAGGAGAAUGUUCGGAGCAGCAAAUUCGAACAUCAUUCCUGGACACAUUACAGGAGAACUGCAUCAAUUCCGGAGAAGUCACUUACAUUGAAUUUGAAGCUUAUUAUGAGGGGAUCAGCCUUGAAGUUGCAAAUGAUGAAGAUUUUGCUAACAUAAUGAGGAAUUGUUGGGCAGUAUGAGACUGCAGAACUUAAGACAAAACUGGAAUGUUCAUUAUUUCUGUGCAAGCUAUUUUCCAUCGAUGUGCUUUUUACAAAAAUGUGUUCAAGUUGAUUGUUGUGAAAAAUGUUUUGUGUUAUUAUAAGAUCUUUGGAUUUUCAGUCAAGGUGU